AUGUCUCAACAGAAACUCGAAUCACCUGUAUUGAGUCUGCCCAUCCGACGUGAAAGUGGUAUCGAAGGAGUGCGUCAUCGCAUUCAGGAGAGAAACACAGGGUGGGGAAGACGAAGUAGGACGGACAAGACGCGAUGGACGAAGAGGCAGAAUGAGCAGAAAAUGGAUGUUACUCGGGAGAUAGGGAGCAAUAGGGAGGAACAAGGCUGGGCCAGAUGGACUGGCCAGGUAACUAAGUACUUCCGUAUUUUCCAUUUGUUACCUGCGGAAAGAAGGAACACUAAUUUUGGAAGGAACCGCCUGUUUCAUAUUGAUGUUCCAGGAAUUGUCAUCAGCAUGAGUCAUUGUCGUCUUAACUCUGGAAGGCAUGACAGACAGACAGCUACCCUCGGAAGUACCCUCAAGAUGAGCGACUUCACCACAUCUCAAUGGUACGACGCCCACAGUGACCACAUACCUCACGAAAUCCGGAAACGCUUCCCUCAACCCAUGAUACGAGGCCUAGAUGGCCGCCCCGUCGCUGCUAGACUCAUCGUCUCACCCCAGCCUAGAGCCGUCUCCGGUGGGCUGAUCGAGUAUGCUGCUGUUAUUGCCGUCAACCCACGACCAGACCCGGCGCUCUAG